AUGCUUCGGAGGAUCGAGUGGAACACGAUCCACAAGCCGAACAUGAUCGAGGCCAAUUUGUCGAAUCCGAACGGCCCCGUGGUCAAGGGGAAGUUCGCGGGCGGGUCGGCGGCCCCGCCGCCCGCGGCGAGCGGCGGCGACGACGAGCUGCCGGCGCCGGACGGCCCCGGCUGCAUGCCGGGGCCAGUGGGCGCCUUUUUCUACAUGGUCCUCAAUGUGUUGAGGCUCAUCAUGAAGACGAUUCUCUUCACGGGGAAUUUCCACUUCAGUUUCGACAACAACCGCAACGGCACUAUCCGCUCCGCCAUGUUCUUGCUCUUUUUCACAAUCGUCCACGCUGGUGGAAACGUGAUGGAUCUGCUUGUGAACAACCGACCAGAGGAGGUGAAUGGCGAGGGCUACCUCAUUGAGGACAGGAUGGGCUGGACAGGCGGCGGCAUCUGCUUGCUGGAGGAGUAUACUGUCCUGUGUUUGGCGCUCCACGUCGCUGUCGCUUUGAAGCGGUCUUGGGACAUCUCGUUGAAUUACUGCGUGUACACGGGACGGUGGAACAUGUUGUUGUCUGGUCUGACGGUCCUCUCGUUCCUUUUCAAGCAUCUAACCGACAUUCGAUUGUACCAGCAUUGGACUUGCGCUGCUGUAUACCCGCCGAAGUAUUUCAUCGCUUACGACAAGAUUUUCUCGGGCCACUUGUUCAGCGAACCGGUGGCUCCUGGUAUUAAGCCGCCUGAGGGCGUCACGCCAGUGGCGGUUCACGACGUGUACACACGGGAAUACGAGCUCUUCGGAGACCUCAACACUGUUUUGUUCUACUCUGCUUGCGUGAUUGUGUUCAUCUGCCACAUGGUCUGGGGAUGGAAGAAGCUGGUCCCCGCGGACACGUUCCAGAUCCCGAAGGACUCGGAGAUCGAUCACGUCAAGGUGGUGACAUACCUGGGCCAGGGCCUGGCAGUGACGCUCGGUUGCAUGUACCUGUCUUUGGUGUGGUUCGUGUACUUGACCGUCUUACCGAACGGGAAGGGGCCUCUGGCUGACCAGGUGGUCGUGAUGCCAUGUCCCGCCGAUUGA